GGACGCGCAGGCGCUGCCAUGGCGACGGCRGCGCAGGAGCGCGGGCGGGACGCGGGGCCGGAGGAAGGCCCGGGGGAAGGCCCGGAGGGGGCCCGGGAUGAGGCCCCGAGCGGCGCUGAGGAGAAGGUGAAGAUCAUCUGCCUGGGCGACAGCGCCGUGGGCAAAUCCAAGCUGCUGGAGCGGUUCCUGCUCGAUGGCUUCCGCCCCCAGCAGCUGUCCACGUUCGCCCUGACGCUGUACCAGCACCGUGCCCGGGUGGAUGGGCAGGAGGUCCGCGUGGACUUCUGGGACACAGCAGGCCAGGAACGGUUCCAGAGCAUGCACGCCUCCUACUACCACCAGGCCCACGCCUGCAUCAUGGUGUUUGAUGUGCAGCGGAAGGUCACCUACAAGAACCUAAACAACUGGUACAAGGAGCUGAGGGAAUUCCGCCCAGAGAUCCCGUGCAUUGUAGUGGCCAACAAGAUUGAUGUGGAUAUGAAAGUGACGCAGAAAAGCUUCAAUUUUGCCCGGAAGUUCAGUUUGCCCUUUUACUUCGUGUCUGCUGCCGAUGGCACCAACGUGGUGAAGCUCUUCAACGACGCCAUCAGACUGGCCGUGGCUUACAAACACCACUCGGGAGACUUCAUGGACGAGGUCCUGCGGGAGCUGGAGAGUUUUGACCUGCAGAAGACAAGCAAGGAUUUGUCAGAUAAAGGGAAGAGCUGCACAGAAGAUGAGGCUCCAUCUGCCUAGGCCUGGACCCUAAGCCCGGUUUUCCCUUGGGUCUCAACUUCUGGGACYCGCACAGAGGAUGUUCUGGGGCCUGGACGGUGAUGUUUCUCAUGCCCUAGAGCUAURGUGAUGGGCUUCUUCCCUUCUUGUGGGAAUCUAUCUGGGCAGGAUCUUCAUUGGCUCAGCCCUCCUCACUGCACAUUUCGCUCAGGGGAGGAGCAGGAGAAUCCACAUGAUUCCACAUGGAUCAUUGCUCAUUCAWGCUGCUCCUUCAGGACACAGCUGGCUGGGAGAGGUGAGCGGUCUUGGACCUGCAGAAAGGAUCCUGCCCAGAUGCAGUAGUGGUACCUGCUGCAGAAAGCAAACACUAAAGAAUAUUUUUUACAAAGCUGUGAGCUGGCAUUUUCCCCACACUGCUGCUGUAAGGAAGGUGUCACAUGGUAUAAGGCCACAGGCCAGCCCUGCCUGCUCACAGAUGAGCUGCUGCUGUCUCUGUCCUCCCUGACCUCUGUUGUAAUGUUCCUGGGCUCCCAUCCGUUCUGCCCCCAAGCAGGCAGAUCCCAUGGGCUGCUGAGCACAGGAGGUUUCUCCUUCCAGGUCCCUGUAGCUGACAUAGGUGGGCUAAUACCCACGGCUCGUGUGUGUGUGUGUGUGUGUGUGUGUGUGUGUGUGCACAAGAUGCUGCAUUCCAGAGAGCUGGAUACACACACUUAGACAUGGAAUGGACUCAUGGAAUGGUUUGGGUUGGAAGGGACCUUAAAGAUAAUCUCAUUCCAACCCCCUCCCAUGGGCAGGGACACCUUCCACUAGACCAGGUUGCUCCAAGCCCUGUCCAGCCUGGUCUUGGACACUUGCUUCAGGGAUGGGGCAGCCAUAGCCUCCAUGGGCAACCAGUGGCCGGGCCUCAUCACCCCCUGAGUAAAAACCCCUUCCCAACACCUCAUGCAAAAAUCUCCCCUCCUCUGGAUUUGAACCAUUCCUUCUUGUCUAUCAUGACCUGCCCAUGCGAAAAGCUGCUCUCCCCCAUUAUUAUAAMCUGCUUCAGGCACUGGAAGGGGGACUGAGGUUUCCCURGAGCCUUCUCCAGGCUGAAGAACGAAUGKGAACAGCACAGCAGACGGACAGACAGAGCAGUGACUCUCCAAGCCCGUGGGUGCACUGAGCAGGGCUGAAAACACGGUUAAUGGUGAACACAGAAACUUUACUU